ACUUGUCAGCUUGUCAUUAUAAUCGAUAAAGAUACUUUAAGAAAAGAGAUUUUUUCUCAAUUUGUGAUAAAUGUAGUUAAAAGUGAAAAUGCCUGAAACAAUUAUAGAAAGUGUCUUCACAAGAAAAUUAGACACAGGACUUUUAAUUAAAUGGUUAAAUAACGAAUCUAUUGAGGAUGCUCCAGAGGAUUGUAUUUUACUAUGUUGCAGUAAGAGUGAAUUUGUUGCUCAUUUUUUAUCUUAUAUACGAAGUCAAACAGACAGUAUUUUACAAACAAACAGCAAUGCAGUACAGCUCCUUCAACAACAACCUACUCCGGAAAAGAUAUUAUCAAGGAGGAAGCAUCGGAGAUCAGUUAGUGAUCCAACAAGUGACACUGAUCGGACUACCGACAGCCUCAGUAUAAAAAAUGACCACCAAACUAGUCAAGGCUCACCAAACCGAGAUCGUAAAAAGACAGGACGAAAAGUAAAAACAAAAUUGUUUCCCGAUGACAAAAGUAAAGAUCCUACUGUUUCACCUGAUGAAUCUAAGAUCUGCAGUGGAGUUAAUAGACUGAUAAUAUCAAGUACACCAGUCAAAAAUGGAUACAAAAAUGAACAUUCGAGUAUUACAAGUCCUGUCACACCAAAUUACCGUAGCUUCAAAGAUAACUAUGAACGAUGCGAUACGCCCAGAAUAUCCCACAGACAUUCUCGGUCUCAGGAAAAAAAUAUUAGUUUCGGAGAUUUUUUAGUCAACGCCCAGCCUAAAAAUAGCAAAAAGAAACGCGGUAAAAAUACAUCCGACGACAAUGAUAUUGAAACGAAAGUAGAUCUAGACAUAAGUAACUCGGAAAUUUUUCCAGAAAUAGGCGCGAGAAAGUCCAGUUCGUUGCGUUCUGAGCGAAGACGGAUCAAACCUACUAAUUUAGACAAGAGUUCAAGUCAAAAAAGUUUCUCAUUAAACAGUUUCAAUGUUGAAAAUUUCCAAUCAAAUUCUCCAUUAGCUUUAGAAGAGAAUGCAGCUUUCAAAUAUCAAAAAGUACAACCGAACGAAUCAUCGAACAGUUUUGAAAUAGAGAGAAACAUUUUGAAACAAGAACGACACAAGCUCAUGGAGAAAUUUAACAUUUUAAAUACAUCUACGUCACCCAAAAUCGUAACAACCCCACAGAUAAAGGUUACACGUAAAGAGUCAAUGGAUGCGAAACAGAAGUACAUUGCUGCUAAUGCAAAUAACGUUGUAUUUAAGGAAUGGAUAGAUAUAUUCGUAGAAAUAUACGAUACAAUAUUAAAGAAUAAUUUAAUCCUUAGCCUUAACACAGAAUUGUAUUUUUUAAUAUCUAUUUUGCUUUCGAAACAAUAUGAAGACAAUGCAAAUAUAGAAUCUCAAGUAGACGAUAGCAAUGUUAGUGAAUAUCUUUUAAAAUCAAUACACAACAGUACAUAUUUUGCUGUAAAAUCUUUAUGGUGUCAACGAACUAUAUUAGAAGUUAUAUUAGAUAAGAAUUCAUUGAAAAUAUUAGGUGAGAAUAAGAAAGUUCGAAGUUUUUAUCCGGAAUUGGCAAAGUUUCUUCUGAACUCGUAUGGACUUAAAGUUGAAGCUGAGUUAAGCCAGGACAAGUCUAAAGUAAUAUCAGAAUGUCGUGCAUCAAACGGUGUCAUUUGUUUCAAUUUUGAAACGGACAAUGCUGAUAAUUUUCCGUCCUUAUUAAGUUUUCAGAAUUUUAAAAAGCAAAGAGACAUGUUUUAUGAAAUUCUGAGGUGGUACCAAGAUACUCAGACAUCCGGUGGAUCGAGGACCACAUUCAAAGCCCGCAUCAAGACUCUGCUUGCGUCAGGUCCCACCGCAGCGAACCACGCCCAUCUCGCCGCGUUGUUCACCGCUCAUAUGAUUGCUGAGUGUUUACCGCCCACAUCGCAGGAAUCAAAGAUGAGUAAGUUACAUCGACGGCUGACCUGUCCUAAUGCGCCUGAGACUCAUAGACUGCCACAAUUUUCUGACAAGGAGAUGUUUUAUAAAGAAUUUAUCAUGUACGCUGAGAAUGAAAGCUUUCGAGUCCAUUUACGGGACGCGUUUUCUACGGAAAUCAUAGUUUUAGACUCGUCGUCAAUUGUCACCGAGAGUUCGAACGAAUCAGAAAUAUCCAAGGAGUUUUUACAAUUGUCUAAGAAACUGUGCCUUUUAUCGAAGUUUCUUGGGUAUUUGACGUCUUUGCCUUAUUCUCAAGUACCGGCUGAUUUUACUACGAAGACCGGAGCUCUCGUGGUGUCAACUUCAAAGGAGGCUAAUUAUGCUCCUCCUAAAGAAAAAGUAUUGGAGAAUAAUCUUGCUUUAAGGAAUUAUAGCCAACCCUCAAUUGAUUUAAAAGGAAUAUUAAUAAAUUCCGAUGAAAAUGGUCGUCUAUGCAUCACAGUACCGUGGAUUGUACAUUAUUUAUCGAUGCUUGACUACACGACGUUGCGUAUAAAAUACUACCAAAACCUACUAAAGCUACUAUUCAAUAUAUAUGAAAUGAAAUUAAAAAUUCAUCCGAUAAGUUUAUUAAAAAAGAACACAGUGAUAUUUUUGAAAUCGAUUUUAGGAUGGUUAUUCGAUUUGCCACAUUUCCCUCAAGAAUUUUUCUAUGAGAGUAAAACUUGUAAUGUCAGUGUUGCCAGUGAAAACGCCAUAGAUUAUUACGAUUUAAUUGAUGAAAUAGUUUUAUUUGAAUUAUGCCCGAUAUUAAAAGAUGUCAACGUGUUACUGUCGACUUGUAAAGUGUCACACGAUCAGAAAGACAUUGGAAGUUUUAGACACAUCACGCCUGUCAGUUUGAGUCUGAAUAUGGAAGACCGUAUGAGAAAUAAAGAAAAAGAAUUACAGGCACGUUUAGAAGAAGAGUUCCUGAAGACUCAGCCUUCAUCAAGCCGGCGCGUGUUGGAGCUGGUGAUGGAGCGCGUCACGUCGGGUGCUGUGAAGGAGCUCGCGGCACACCUGCUGGCGCAGUGCCGGACCAGCGCGCGCGACAAGGCCUGCACACUGGUCAACAAUAGUAUCUGUGAAGAUACCGGAGCUCUCCUCAAAUCCUUAGAGGCGCUAUAUAACGCGGAGCUGCAGCAGCUGCGGUGCGAAGCCUUAUCUGUAGGCACGGCAUCCAUCAAACGUCGCGCGGGCGCUGCGCUGGCGGCUCUACUGCCCGCGGCGCCUUCGCCCCUCCUGUCUCUCGCUGUUAAAGGCUGCGUCAACAGAUUGAAUAAGUGGCUUAAUGACAACUGGAGUACUACAGCUGUUCUCUGCAAGGACAUCCAGCAAGAGAUGAAGACAUUGCAAGUGAUAGGAGAGGCAGUGGCGACGACCGCCCCGGCCACACCCCUAGACCUCGCCGACAUGUUGCUGCCCGAUGACAAGUUUGAUGCUAUACACGUCAGUCCUGCGUCUGCGGUUAUCAACCUUAAAGAACAUGUAUGUUUGCUAUUGGACUACGAUGAGGUGCCAGAUGCGACGUCAUUACUAGCAUUGUGUGCGUUGGCCUGUUCACCAACGAACAUAUUCAAUCGUCCGCCCACACAGCGCGCCCUGCUGCAGCUCAGUGUUGAUUACUGUAUCGUAUUUGUGAGUCGAAAACCAGAGCAAGUGAAUGAUGCGUUCCUAAACAAAUUGCACGUUAUUUGGAACACGUGUUGUCCUGACAGAAUAAAACAAGCCCCUCAAGAAAUAUUGUUACCUGAAAGAAGGUCGGAGUUAUCACCACAGUUCCGAAACUUUGAUGACGAUGAGCGAGCACCCACGCCGCUUAGUGAUGAUGAAGCUGAACAAAAUAUAGAUGGCGCUAAUAUUAAUAUGGAGAAAAUUGUCGUUGUUGUGGACAUCAAUUCUAGCGCAGAAGUUAAGAAUACAUCUUUAGAUCAAUCAAAGACUGACCGUCAGGAAGAGAACCCACUACUGAAAACAUUCGACCGCGUGUUGUGUCCACGGAACAUAGUGUUACUGAGCGAGUCUCGAUGCAUUGCUAGUGAGGUGUGGCAGGCGCUGGCGACAGUUCUCGUAUUUUUAUUGAAGAAUGACUAUUUAAGUGAGGACUCUCUCACUGAGCAGUGUCUCGCUGUGUAUAGACAGGAUUGGCCGCAGAAUAUUCUAGAGAGUCUGUCGACUUGCAUGAAGUCUGUGUCGUCUCGGUGGUCGCGCGCCGCUACUGGCAAGUUUACGCUGUUCCUGGACUUCCUAGCGGAGUAUUGCGGAGACAUGGACUAUGAGCCUGUUGCCUAGAUUUUGAAGAAAAACGCUUUCAACGUAAAGCGGCCCGAAUCGUUAAUUGGUCACUAAAGGUCAUUUUUAGUGUAUCCAUGCGAAAUUCAUACUAAAGUCGCCAUUUUAAGACUGGAGUUGAGCAGGAUGAAGUCUUUUAUGGUAACUAAAAAUCUAAGUCAAUACUUGACAAUCUGAAAACUCGGCGCAUUUGUGUAUGAGAUGUAAAAGUUAUCUGAAAUUGAGUCUUUAUAAUUAAACAAAUGUGACAAAAACUUUAAAAACUAUAACUAAAUUCGACUUAAAUUAAUUAACUAACUCGAAAAUUUUUGUGUUAUAUGGCUGUCGGUAAAACAGUCCGGUAUAAAAUGACAGUUAUUUUCACAACAUGACCGAUAGAUGGCAUUUUAACUAAUAUUAUGUUAGACAAAAUCUAAAUCGACAAAAUGUUUUUUCUUCAUAUACUUGGUAUAGGAGUCAAUUACAAUUAAUGAAUCAAUUUGUGGCUUCAAUUAAAGUUAUGUUUAAUAACAUAAUUAAGAAAAUGGCUGCCUUGGAUAACACCAUAGUAUUGUAAUUUUUACUGUACAAAUAGAAUUAAUUGAAAGUAGAUGUAGCCAGUAAUAAAAGUACAAAGUUUGGCAAACAUGUGCCAAACGUUUGGUCAAAUUGGUCAUAUUGGACAUUCUGUUUGAAUUACUAUAUUACUGUAACUUCUAAUAAAAUGCUAUAGAAUAAAGUGGGAUUAAUUUCAACGACAUCUUUUGACGAAUAAAACACUGCCGUAGAUAGUAUUUGAUGUUAGACUAACUGUGGGUUUCUGAGACCGAAAUCUCAGUAUGAAACAUAUGGUCAUCCUUAUCAUUAUCUUUGACAAAACAGAGAUAGCAUUGUUUUAUACGUGUUUUGGUCUCAGAAACCUACUGUAAGACAUUAGAUGUGAUGUAGAUGACAAAUAACUAUAAGAAUGGCUAUUUGUUAUAAAUUUAAGAUGAAAGUUUAAAUAUCAAUCCUAAAAUGUCAUGUUUUUUUUUGCCUUUU